UCAUAGAACUGUCAAAAUUCAAUCUGUCUUUGUUCGAGCUUUGCCACAGCGCAUUAAUUUCUGAAAAAAAUUCGAAAUGGAAGCUAAGGGGAAGCGAACUUUAAAAGCAAAAGUGGAGGAAGCGGUGGAAUCGAAUGCGGAGCAUACAGAGCAUAAGUGUAUUGCGGCGCCGGGAUGUGGACAUGUGCAGAAAGGGGCGUUCAACCACGGCAAUUUUCUGCGCCACCUCCGCACGAAGCACCCGGACAGGCUCGAGUAUCUCGAGAUUCCUCCGGCAACGUCUAACAACAAGCGGCUCGCGGCAGAAAUGAGCAUGUCCCCCAACCCUGGACCAAGCAAGGAACCUCCCAUCAAUCCGUCUGCCGGCACCCCCGCCAAGAGAGGCAAAAAGGCCAAAGUAUCGAUUGAGCUGGACCGCCAGCAGGUGUUGUUGGGAACGCUUCAGCUUGUAACAACAAACGCACUUCCACUGCAGUACCCGGAGUGGUCUGGGUUCCAGAGCCUGGUCCAACCAACGUGGUCAGCAUUUCAGCUCACCAUGAACCGGAAGAAUAUGGCGGAUCUUGUGACACAAGCAGCAGGAAUCAUGCGCGGUUUGAUCAAGGAGCAGGUCUCUGGGAAGUCGGUCAAUUUGUUGAUUGACAGUGCAACCCGCAGGAAUCACCACUCUCUUGGGAUUUCGGCACAGUUUUUUGACGAGGCUCAGCACAAAGUGGUGGUGAGAUCUCUUGCGAUAAAAGAGGUAAUAAAUCGACAAACUGCACGGUUCCUUGCUGAAACAAUGAAGCAAGAAGCGAUCGAUAAUUACAACGUGAAGCCACUCCAAUUGUACACUGUGGUAUCGGACAACGCCCCAAAUGCUAACUCAUCAAUUCGUAAGCUGGGAUACAUUUUGAAAAAAAUGAUCGAAGAAGGAUCGUCGGAUCUUUUGACCGCGGAAAUCGCGGAAGUUGAGGAAUGUUUGGCGUCGGUCGGACCUCAGAGGAUUAUGGACAUGGACGCGAUGGACGAGGCAGAGGUGGACGAAGACGGUUCGGAGAGCGAAGACGAUCAAGCCGAGGAGAUUGUAAAUUGGUCAGAAGAACCUGCGGCGGAUGAUCUAGAGAUCAGCGAAGCAGACUACGACCUAGAAGGCACCCGUUGUGCUGCACACUCUUGUCAGCUGGCCGUGUGGGAUGUCCUUAAGAAAUCGACGAAAAGGAUUGAAGUCAUAAAAAAAUUGGUGAAGAACACUCGCCUCAUCAAGUAUCGAGAGACUUUCGUGAAUGAAAAAGGAUCGUUCGCUCCUAUUUCCAACGCUACCCGCUGGAAUGCAGUUUUCCUUAUGCUUAAAGCGCUCAAAGAUCAACGUGCCUUUUAUUUGAUGCUGGAGAACAAAUUCAGCGAACUUGAAUUUUCCAAACAUUGGACAUUUAUUAACGAGUAUUGUGAGGCGCUUGAACCAGUUUUCCGACUGACCAUCUAUCUGCAGCGUGAACACGUUCCACUUUCUGAGUUUUACGCGCAGUGGAUCAUUUGCCAGGCAUCGCUAUUUAAUUUGCAAAACAAUAAAUUGGCGGUAAAGUUAUUAGCCGCAAUGGAACAACGCCUCAAGAAGCUUACGGAGACAAUUCAAUUCAAGGCCGCUCUCUACUUUGAUCCGCGAUUUAACUAUAUCGGUUCGGGAAAAAUAAUAACCGAAGACAAAGAAGCAGUUCAGCGGUUCUUGCUGACAUUAUGGACACGGCUCAAUGCCAUCGAUAGCACCGAGGAAGACGAGGAACCGGCAAGCAGCGACGCGUCGACUGAAACGAAUAGUUUCAUAAAACAGUAUUUGGACACAUAUUUCCAAAAGGACGCUGUUGUGGAGGAUGCCCCAGUCACCAAGCCGUUGGCCAAGAUUCACCGGCUGAUUAAGGAGUUAGAGUUUCAGCCAAAAGUGUUAUUGGAGAACCAACAAUUCGACGUAAUGAAAUACUGGAUGAAGCAGCGGACGGGUCAGCCGGAAUUGUAUCGCUUAGCCAUGGUGGUUCUUUCAGCGCCAUCUACCCAAGUCAUCAUUGAACGAUCUUUUAGUGCAUUGAAACUCAUCCUUAGUGAUCUGCGACAGCGGUUGUCUGACCCACGCAUUCAAGAUUUGAUGAUCCUGAAACUCAACCCUGAUUUGCUGCCUCGUGUUGUGCAGAUUUUGGAUAAUGAAAUUUAAGUUCAUUUCGAUUUUGUAACUAUAAGCAACCUGUAAUGUGAUACUGUUCAAUUCUCUUUAAAAUAAAUUGAAAUACAAAUAAAUAUUAAUUUGGUAUGCUGCUGAUUGUUUUAUGAUUCAUAAAUAAGACCCAGCUCAACCAACUCUAGCUUCAACCACUACUCCUAUUCAAAGUUUGAAAAUAAGCCGUCUCCGACUCCACUCCUCAAACGAGAUCCGACACCACAAACUCCGGCUCCGAACCCGACUCCACAGCCCUGGAAAUAAUACAAGAGGUCCCGCCCGUGUGGAUCAAUCGGACCGCGCACUGGCUCACAAUCCAGAGGUUGCUGGUUCGAAUCCCGCGGCGGGCGCUCUAAAAUUCUUUGUGUAAAUAUGGGUAUUCGGCGCCGUCGCUCCGUGCCAUACUUUCAUACACUUAGGAGCCCAGGGCGGCGAAGUCCUUGUAGUUAAAAAGGAAGACACUAGUGGUUGGUACUAGCAAUGGUGGCCGACAGCUAUAAAGUCAACUUCGUUUUUUUUUUUCAUUCAUCCCUGGAACAAAGCUACGUCAUUUGCGCAUGUCACUUAUUACACGGUUCAUUGGCUCAAGAACCGGGGUUGGGAGUUCCGAGGAUUCCUUAUGGAC